AUGCGCUUUCCGGCGACUUCACGGAUAGACAAGGCAACGCUUCACCGUCUGUGGACCUCGUUGCCCCAUGAUCAACUGGACAGGAACUUUUGGGUCGCGCUGGAGGCCUUCUGUGACCCGUUCCUGGACUCGUGCUCCCCUUUCAAUCACCAAACCUUCUUCUCCGUGCCCCGGACGGGCCGCAUCGCGCAGAAAGAGCUCGCGCUUGUGGACCAAGCGAUUGUGAAGGCGUGCAAUGAGCAGCGUCCCUUCUAUAACGCCUUCACUCUAUGGAACCCGCUCGCGCUGGCGGCGCUAUUCAAAGUGCCGAUCGAGGUGGUGACGGCGCAGCUGCUUCUCGCUGUGCAGCAGUCGUGGAUGUCCCUCCACUUCGUCAUCACUUGCCGGUCGUGCGGCUGCGACGUUGCGCACUUCCGCUCCGUCAACGACAUCUCUUUCCUUGGCACGUUUCACUCGACGAACGCAUUUCGCUGCCCGAUGUGCACCGAUCGCACUGAGGUCAAUGAACUGAAGAACGUCGCCGUGUUCUUCCAGUUGGGGCAGCUGCCUUCGCUCUUCCAGCGCCAACACCACCGCCUUUACUACACCGAGGAGGCGAGUCGGCGACGUCUGGAGUCGUUCUUCUGCCCAGCGCAGGCCGGUUUCGCGUUUACGGCGCACCUGCCAAAUGGACGCUACCUCCUAUCAGCACCGUUUUGCGGCGCCUUUGUCGAGUUCUCGGUGGACCUCUCCGCGCAGGUGAUUGGGGAGAAGGUUCCCUAUCUGUCCCAUAUUGUCGACCUGAAGGCCUACAUACGCUCCCAGAAUAGCUCUGCAGAUCCCUUCGGGCAGCCCAUCAAGCGGUGUAGCACCACCACCCCAGCGCUGCCGCGUCGCGGGAUGAGGGCUAGCGUGGUCGGCGAUGGAGCGCAUCGUGUGUCCAUCGCAUGCACCUCGGUGUUUUCCCUCUCGGAUGCCAUUCUCCCCGAGGAGGCCGCCAGCUCUAUCACUGGCUUCGGGGCCGAGAACACCGAGGAGAUUCCACCAGUCCCAGUGGUCAGCUUUAAGCACGGCAAGGUGCAGUUCCGGAUAUACAAUGACACCCCCCAUAGCGGGUUUCUCGACCUAUUCGUUGCCUUUGAUACGCGCAUCGAGUUUUCCGCCAACCCGUACCCGCAGCUCUUCCACGUUCCACACUUUAUGCACUGCCUGCCGCGUGGCAUGCGCUCCUCCUUCUUCACCGAGUGCAUCCCGAGGCCCCCGUCGACGACGCCGACCACCGGCGCAUAUGUGCGCCACCAGUUUGCUUUGAACCCCGAGCAGGCCGACAACCCGAACAUCAUUUCGGUGCUGCGCGAGGUGCAUCGCUACUCUCUCGAGGACCACUAUGGCCUGCUCAUCGGCGUCGGCGACGGUGGCGCCUCUUUUGAGAGUACUUUCCUCUCUACCACAGCUGCCUUGGCGAGCAGCAUCUGCUUCUUCCAGCGUGUUUUGACGCGCCUAGGCGAACCGGUCGCGCUUGCCAUGCGGUGUAGUGUGACAGAGGGCCCGCUGAAGAUCGCCGCCUACCAAGGUCAGUACAACGACGCUGACAAUACCCGAUCAAGCUACCCAGACGCGCAAUUUGUCGGCUCCGUCGUCUACGCAAGCAACCACCCCCCCCAUUACCGGCCCCGUACUCUACUGCAGCCAACCCGUACCCGCAGCUCUUCCACGUUCCACACUUUAUGCACUGCCUGCCGCGUGGCAUGCGCUCCUCCUUCUUCACCGAGUGCAUCCCGAGGCCCCCGUCGACGACGCCGACCACCGGCGCAUAUGUGCGCCACCAGUUUGCUUUGA